CCCGCCCCCCGCUUACCCUCCCGCUCCCCACGCGGCCGCGUUGCUAGGCGACGGACGGGGGGCCGCCAUGUUGAAGGCGAAGGUGUUGCUGGUGGGACCCCGCGAGUCUGGAAAAUCCGUGUUGGCAAACUUUGUUUCGGAGAGCAUAGAGGGGAUUGGCAGCUAUGUCCCAACACAAGGAGUGAGGAUCCUGGAGUAUGAGAAGCCGAACUUAAACGGAAACAGCAAGGGAGCUGGGUGUCGAUUUGAGCUGUGGGACUGCAGCGGUGAUCAGAAGUUUGAAACAUGCUGGCCAGCUCUUAUGAAGGAUUCUCACGGCGUAAUAAUAAUCUUCAAUCCUGAGCUGCCCAGUCACCUGAAAGAAAUCGAAAUGUGGUACUCCUGUUUCGUGCAACAGCAGCCACUGCUUGACAGCCAGUGUCUCCUUGUUGCACAUCACAAGCCAGGCAGUGCAGAGGACACAGAAAAUCUGUCCUUAGCUUACCCAUUGAACAAGCUGAAACUAAUACAUUCCAACUUAGAAGAUGAUCCUGAAGAUGUUCGGAUGGAAUUUAUGAAAUACUUCAGAAGCAUUAUCAAUGUAAUAAAUGAGAACAGAGAGAAGGAAGAAAUGUCAAUUAUUUCGUAACAUUAAAAGAAAGUAAAGAGAAAGGAUUGGUUUAACUUUGUAAGCCGUGCUAGCAACAUCCUUUGCAAGAAGAAUUUGCCAGACUAUAAAUGCUUCAAAGAAAAUAAUGCACGAUUUGUAACUUAACCAGAAGAGGCAACUGCUGACAUCAGAUAAACUGUGGUGCCAAAGAGGUGGCUGCACAUCCAAGAAUUUGGGUAACUUUUGGUAUGUUCAGUUUCAUUUGUUGUCAGAUGUACAGGAAGGUAUUGUUUAGUGUAUUAAUGUGGACUAAAAGAUAAAGAUAUUGUCUCCUCACUCAAGAAUCCCUUUUUGUACAGGUGCUAAUAGAAAGCAUGACAGAACUUAAGGUUUGUGGAGUUCUGUUGAAGCAUCAUAAAGUGCUCAUGUUAGCUGUGUUCCUGGAGGAGUUAUGCUUUUGGAAGUCAGUUGAAAUUUGAUGGGAGUGGAGAUCUGAGAAGCAGUUGUUGGUAUGGACCAAACAUGUGCACAUGUUGUCAUGUUUUAAUAUAAGAAAUUCUCCUUUCUGUCCAGCAUCCGAAGAGAGCACAUUUCAUAGCGAUUGCUCUGGCAAGUCAAAGUUGCAGCCUUUCUCAUGACAGCUUUCCCUCUACUACAACAAACUCAUCCUCUUUGGAGACAAGGUAUGGGUUACUCUGAGAGAGAAGGAAUCAAAAUCUCAGUGCAGUGCAAUUACUUUGGCCUAUUCUUGGAGCUCCAAUAAGCAGAAAAAUAAGUGCUACAUUCUCCAGAGGAGGAAAAGCUGCUUCAAACUUGGAUUAUUGUUCCCUGUUGUACUGAAAUAAGUGGUUUCAUAGAUGAUUUACUUUCUGUUUUGUUUGGUUUGCAUUCAUCCCUGUUCUUAAUGUGUUCUGCUGUGGAAGGCAUUUUUUGUAAUGUAAUACUAAGGCAAUAAAAUUGUUUUUAUAAUAAAAUUGCAU